AUGGCACCGGGGCUACGGAAAUUCUGACGUGUUGCAGUUGGCCGUCUACACGCCGGUGAAGAUGGCACUUUGCACACGCUAUUCCCGUCUGAUGCACGUCUUCGCGAGGAGCGCUGCGCAACCAAAAAGUACGCUGCACCGCGUCACCAGCCGGCUAACUUUAGCCUGUCCACAAGGAAGAACGGACGAUGAUGAAUUUCGACGCAGCAGCGGGCGCGCAUGGGCUCUCCUUGGCGGCGGCAUAACACUGGGGCUUUUCUCAUACUGGACGUUAUCUCCGGUCCACGCCAAGCAAGAAACGAAAGCAGACGAAGCCGUGGACGGCUUGCCAGUCUACACCGCUGAUGAAGUCGCCAAGCACGACACAAAGGCGACAAGGAUAUGGAUUUCGUUCAAAUGCGGCGUGUACGACGUCACCGACUUCGUGGACGAGCACCCGGGUGGAGACAAGAUACUGCUCGGCGCCGGAGGCGGCAUCGACCCGUUUUGGAAUAUUUACGCAGUCCACAAGACUCCUGAGAUACUCGCCUUGUUGGAGACAUUUCGCAUUGGCAACCUGGCACCAGAAGAUGUCGGUGCUGCGUCUGCGGGCAUUGAGGACCCUUACCUGCUGGACCCCAAGCGGCACCGUGACCUGAAGCCGGCCUCCACCAAACCGUUCAAUGCAGAGCCUCCCCUAGGCACUCUUGCAGACAACUAUAGGACACCAAAUGAGUUAUUCUACGUGCGGAACCACAUGCCUGUGCCUUACGUGGACCCAAAGGACUAUGUUCUAGAGAUAGAGGACCCAGAUGGUAAAUGCCAUGAGCUGACCCUGGAUGAUAUCAAAACCAAGUUCUCCAAGGUGUCCGUCACUUCUGUUAUCCAGUGUGCUGGCAAUCGACGCUCUGAACAGAACAAGAUAAAAAAAGUUAAAGGCCUUGACUGGGGUCCUUGUGCCAUUGGCAAUGCGACCUGGUCUGGGGCAAGACUGGUGGAUGUACUGCAUUAUCUUGGAGUUGACCUUUCCGAUGAGCGCAUCCAGCACAUUGUCAUGGAGGGCUUGGACACGGACCCUACGGGGACACCCUACGGUUCCUCUUUUCCAGCAAAUAAGGGUCUGGAUCCAAAGGGGGAUGUACUGCUGGCAUAUGAGAUGAAUGGCAAAGAGUUGCCUCGUGACCAUGGCUUUCCCCUGCGAGCUAUUGUGCCGGGAAUUGUGGGUGCUCGCAAUGUGAAGUGGCUCUCACGCAUCCAGUUGAGCCCUGCAGAGAGUGAAUCGCACUGGCAACAGAACGACUACAAAGGCUUCUGCCCAUCAACUGACUGGGACACGGUGGACUUCAAGAGUGCACCUGCAAUCCAGGAGCUGCCUAUCACGUCAGUGGUGUGCAGGCCACUAGAGGGUGAAGUGUUGGCCCCCAAGGAUGGCAAAAUACAUGUCAAGGGCUACGCUUGGAGCGGGGGAGGCCGCAAGGUGGUGCGUGUAGAUGUGAGUGCAGACGGUGGCCAGAACUGGAUACCUGCCCAAUUGGAGAGCGAGGACACUUCUCUGUUUAGGGCAUGGGCCUGGACACUCUGGAAGCUCGAUCUUCCAGUGCCCAAGGGCGCAGACAAGCUGGAGAUUGUGUGCAAAGCCGUCGACUCUUCAUACAAUUCGCAACCUGAAGGUGUUGCCGGUGUCUGGAACCUGCGAGGUGUCCUGAACAAUGCCUGGUACCGUGUCCACGUCAGAGUGAAACAGCCAUAAAAGUAAAGGCGGGUGCACAUCUAUUGCAGCGGCCUCGGGUCAGCUCCAAACAAGCACACGCUCCACAAAAUGCCGAGAGACAUAUCGCUGAUCAAGCUGUGGAAAGUAUUCUGGGUACACAGAGGAGCAGUGGAAGCCAAGCACUUCCAGCGGAUGGCGAUUGACCCGACGCAACCUGCAUUAACAAAUUGCAGCUUAGAGCUUUGCCCAAGCCAUUUGCCCUCGUGUACAGAAAUCAUGAAAAAAAUUGUGCUGCACAUGCCACUGCACAGUUAGCCUUCUAUGCCAGACUUGAAGUACAAUUUAUUGUUGAUAAUAUUACCAUAUAAAAAUGUUAAUUUGGCAUCUAUUUCAUGUUUAGGAAUGCCACAUGCUGUACGGUCCUUACACUGAAUGAUGCUUUGCAGUACGCUCAUGCAAUGUUCUUAACUUGUACUUGUGGCCUUCAAACUAGUCGUUAUUGCUUAUAAGAGCCCAAAAUAUAUAUUUCUUCUUUGAACUGAAGGAAAUAAAGCCCUACUACUUGUCAUUA